CUUCAGUUGGCUCUUCCUCUUCAUCUGUUCAUCUCAUCCUGUGUCUAUCGGUUCUUCCCAUCCCAAAUUCUAUCCCUUCUCCACCUGUAUCUACAUACUACUUCAACAAUCAUGUCUUACGGCGGCGAUGACGGCAACCGGGGGUACGGCGACCAGCAAUUCAGGGGCAACUACGGUGCCAGCGCUCCUGACUUCUCCGACCUGGCCAGCCACGCCCAAAACCACGGCGGCAGCAACUCAUCGUACUUCAACCAAGCAGCCAACUUCCUGCAGCAGAACCACGGCAACAUUGCCAACCAGGAGGUUGACCAGGACCACGCGGUGAACGCGCACAAGAAGCUGUACGGCGGCGAAGGCGGCGGCCCCACGGACUCCAAUGAACUCGGGGCUGGCGCUGCGUUGCAGGCGUUGAAGAAGUUCUCUGGGGGUGCUGGCGGCGGUGGUCAGAAUCAGUUGAUUGGAUUGGCUAUGGCGGAGGCGGAGAAGUUGUUUGAUCAGCACAGUGCCAAUGGCAAUGCGACUGGUGACAAGCAGUCCGCUAUUAACUCCGCCGCCGAGAUGGCAUUCAAGCUGUACUCUAAGGGCCAGGGCAGUGGCCUGGGAGGAACCGGCGGCCCAGCUGGCCUCAUGGGCCUGGCUAGCAAGUUCCUCAGUUAAGCAUAUGCGGUUCUCGUUGAUCGGGACAUACCAGGGUAUAGUAGGGGUAUAGUUGCUUUUGGAUGAAAUGGUUUCAAUUUAGGUAGAAUAUUGAAUUUCUAA